CAACAUAAGAUAAAAUUUACUUGGAGAACCUGAGGAUGACCACGAGGCAGCAGAGCAGAGUCAUUUCAGCGGCGGCGGUGGUGUUGCUGACUCUCCUGCCAACGCUAAUGGCGACGGCGGCGACGACGACGGAUCGUCGUUGGUGGCCAUUAGACUCGUACGUGAAGGUGUGGAUCAAGAACGAGAUCGGUGGAGGCCGACCGCUGAAAAUACACUGCAGAUCUCGAGACGACGACGACGAUCUCAACGUUCAUGUGGUGAAACCACACGAGACAUACCGUUUCAGGAUUUUGCCCAACAUCUUUGGAACCACGAUGUUUUACUGUAGCAUGGAUUGGGGAACAGGGCUUCACUGGUUUGAUAUCUACGAUCAGGGCAGGGACAUGCACCGUUGCCGCCACACGUACUACUGCACGUGGAUCGUCAAGGAGACUGGGCCGUGUCUGACUAACGGAGAGUUCACGGCUUGCUAUCAGUGGAAAAAUUAAGAUUAUUUUUUUGUUUUUUUGUAGAAUAAAUUAUUGGAAUAAGU